AUGGCAUCAAAGUCUCAUCUUUGUCUCUUGGCAUGCAUUCUCCACUUCAUCCUCCUUUCUCUCCCCUCCCAUGCAACUUCAUCCGAAACCCACAACAAAAAAACAUCAUCGCCAUUUGAGUUCCUUGACCAUCUUAAGGGGUUCCAAAAUGGUGACAAGGUCCCAGGAAUCCAAGACCUCAAAAAAUACCUCGGAAGGUUUGGUUACUUGAGCAGCAACAAUAACCAAACCACUGAUGAUUUUGACGAUCAAUUGGCGUCGGCCAUCAAAACCUACCAACUCAAUUACAACCUCAAAACCACUGGAAUAUUAGACACUCAAACAGUAUCCAAUAUGAUGAUGCCACGUUGUGGCGUCCCAGAUAUCAUCAAUGGUACCUCCUCUAUGCGAUCAGGCAAGCAAAGUCACCCUCCUCCUAACCACCAUCACAAGGGACACACAGUUGCUCAUUAUGCUUUCUUCCCUGGAAAGCCAAAAUGGCCAGCCUCUAAGUACCACCUCACCUACGCUUUUCUUCGGGGCACCCCGACGGCGGCCAAGGGCCCAGUUGCACGUGCGUUUAAUACGUGGGCUGCCCACACACAGUUCAAGUUCAGCCAGGCUCGAAGGAAUCAGAAGCCGGAUCUGACGGUGAGUUUUCACCGGCGUAGCCAUGGAGAUGGUCAUCCAUUUGAUGGCCCAGGAGGGAUCCUAGCGCAUUCUUUCGCGCCGAAAGAUGGGAGAUUUCACUAUGACGCUGAUGAGAAGUGGUCUGUGGGCGUUGUGAGGGGUGCUUUUCACUUGGAGACUGUGGCUUUGCAUGAAAUUGGUCACCUCCUAGGGCUUGGCCAUAGCUCUGUUCGGAGAGCUAUUAUGUACCCGACUAUAAGCUCUGGAGAAACCAAAGGCUUGAACAGGGAUGAUAUUCAAGGAAUUAAAGCAUUAUACCACGCUUGA